AUGGCUGCAUCCACGGCAACGGUCACAGAAGUGGCUCCCAAAGACAUCAGCAAUCUCUUCGCUUCCAUCCAGAAGUCCGUCUCGGCUCUUAGCACCUCGGUCAAGGCCUUCGAAAAGGACGUCGUCGAUGCUGCAUCCAGCGACUCGUCUUCGAACCCGUUCGCAUACCCUGAUGGCAUCUCGUUGCUUACGGUCAAGAAUGAUGCUAUGCUCGACUAUCUUCACCACGUUGUAGCAGUCUGCAUCGCCAAGAUGUCGGGUCGAUCGCUUGCCAGCAGCAGCGGCAGCGGCAGCUCGGGCGCGGCACAAGGACCAGCAGACCUCGUUCAAGACCUUGUCAAGCUGCGCCUGAUGCUCGAAAAGCUCCGUCCAUUGGAGAGUCGCCUCAAGUACCAGAUGGACAAGCUGCUUCGUGCUGCUGCUGAUGCAGACAAGGAGGUGCUUCUGGGUCGGUCCAGACCCGCAUCUACCAAGGCCAAGAAGAGCAAGGGGGACAGCAGCGACGAGGACGCUGGAGGUGCAAGCGACGACGAUCUCGCCUUCCGACCCAAUCCAUCCGCAUUCAUGCAGGACAAAGCUCGUACACAUGCCAAAACGUCGUCCAAGCCCAAUGGCGCAUCCAGAAGAAAAGAACGCGACUCUUCCUCCGACUCUGACUCUGACCAAGAAGACGGCGGCAAGACUGCCGUGUAUCGACCGCCCAAGCUCGUGCCCAUGUCGUACGACCCCGAUGCACGCUCCAACAAAAAGAAUUCGUCGAUCACGCGCAAUUCGGCUCUGCUCUCGGAUCUCACCGCCAGCAUGUCUUCCAACCCAUACGAAGCCUCCUCUGGCGGUGUCGGCGUCGGCGGCCGUGGGCGUCUCGCUUCCAACACCUCUUCUCGCGCAAAGGCACUGUCACGAAUGGAAGAGUUCGAAGAGGAAAACUUUACGCGUCUCGUCAUGUCCAAGAAGGACUCGCGCAAACGCCGACGCGACGAAGCCGACGUCGCGCUCGGCGGUGCUGGUCUCAGCUCGGGUCGCGACGGCAGGAGGAGGAUUGGCGGUGGCAUGGAGGAGGAGUUUGGCGAUCUGCUCAGAGGCGCCGGUCUGGACGGACGCAACGGCAAAAAGGCCCACAAGGCGCAGCACGCUUACGAUGCGCUUCGAGCCAACAGCAAGGCCGGCUCGACACUGCAGAGGUCCAAGAGCAGCUCGUCGCGCGCUUCGGCAGCGCCUGCCGCUGCUGCUGCUGCCGGUGGCAAGGUCAACAAGUUCAAGAACCAGGUCAACCGUCAGUCGCGCAGGUGA